CUACGGAAGUACGGCUUCCAAACAUAUUCCCGUUGGAGGAGUAAAACACAGCAGACCGCCGUCUUUUCACUAAAAAAUAAGGUUAAAUCUCGGACUGACCGUUUCUUAACAAGACGAUGGGCACUAGAGAUGACGAAUACGAUUAUUUGUUCAAAGUGGUCCUCAUCGGAGACUCGGGGGUGGGAAAGAGUAACCUGCUGUCCCGCUUCACCCGCAACGAGUUCAACCUGGAGAGCAAGAGCACCAUCGGAGUGGAGUUCGCCACGCGCAGCAUCCAGGUGGACGGCAAGACGGUGAAGGCUCAGAUCUGGGACACGGCCGGCCAGGAGCGCUACCGGGCCAUCACGUCGGCGUACUACCGCGGGGCGGUGGGAGCCCUGCUGGUCUACGACAUCGCCAAGCAUCUAACCUACGAGAACGUGGAGCGCUGGCUGAAGGAGCUGAGAGACCACGCCGACAGCAACAUCGUCAUCAUGCUGGUGGGCAACAAGAGCGACCUGCGCCACCUCCGGGCCGUCCCCACCGACGAGGCCCGGGCCUUCGCUGAGAAGAACGGUUUAUCUUUCCUGGAGACGUCGGCUCUGGACUCCACCAACGUGGAGACGGCCUUCCAGACCAUCCUGACAGGGCUUUUUAUGAGGAUCUUUACGGGGCAGUCAGCUGACGAGUCAACCCUGCUGCUGAGCACUGGAUUGUCUUCAUUACACAGCGAGGCCUUAUCUCUGAUGGAGGAAGCCUUCAGUGAUGGGAGAUAACAGGCUGCACUGGUGGUUCUGUUGGAGCGGUUUGUUGACAGGACGAUACGCAGCAACGUUUAUUUAUGUUUACAUCACAACUAAUGAGUCAAGUUAAAGCUCAGAUUGUUCUACAGGCCUGUUAUAGUCUCCAUGCUGCUCAGAAUACUGGAGGUUCUGUCAUAUUUAUGUCAGAAUUUAUGUUUUUAUGACAUUGUAGGGUCUUAGAUUUAAUUAAAAUGAGUCAGAUAAUUAGUAGUUUAUACAGUAUUGUAGGACCUCAGAUUUGAUGUUUAAAUUAGUCAGAUCAUUAGUAUUUUCCAUAACAUUGCAGCCUCUUUAGUUACCUAAAGCUGACUCUGUUCUGUAACCUGAUGUUAACGAGCAGAGAAGUGAUGAAGCCAUAAAGACGUUCUGACUGCAGCUCAAUAUGAACCUCCACAGUCAGGAGUUUGGCUUUUCACAGAAAACACUGCUUGUUUGAAACAGCCCAGAUAGAUCAAAUCACUGGGUUUCAACGUGCAGCGUUUAGUUCUGGAGGAUUAUAUCAGGACGUCCUGAUAAUCAGGAGACAACAGUCCGGCCUGGAAGCUCCAGACGCCUGGACCAGGUUUCAGCAUCAGUCUGAGACGGGAUGCUCCUGAUUGUGACGAUGUCUCGUAGUGAAGGAAGUCCGACAGACCGAUGUGAGUUAAAGGACGUGUUCUGGUUGGUCUCAGCAGAGCUGGAGGCCGAGGCAGCGCCACCUACUGGAGCUGCUUCACUUUGUGUCAGUGACGGUUCUCCAGAAGGUUUGCGGGCAUUUCGGUGGCCGGACGCACUCGGUUUGCAUAAAGUUGAGAUUUCAAAUUUA